GCAGAUAUGAAAAUCCACUUAUAUUACUCGUUUACCUUUAACUCUUUUUCUAUUUAGUAGAUAAUAGAUAAUAUGCAUUAGUUGUAGACAUUAAGUUUGUUAAUAUAUAUCUUGGAUACUAGAAUGUUAAAAAAUUUGCUGGAUUAACAUGGUUGUGGUUAAGAAUGUUUUUAAUACCCUUGCGGGAACAGUACUGUCAGGCAUUUUAUCAGCAAUGAUGCUUGGAACGAUCAGUGUCUGGUCCUCACCUAUGAUACCUAAGCUGUAUAAGAACAAUACGGAAAAUCCAUUUGGUUACACAAUUACCAGUUCAGAAGACUCCUGGGUAGCAUCCAUAGUAAUUUUAGGCGCUUGUGUUGGGUGUUGGUGUUUCGGCUUACUCUCAAAUGUAUAUGGAAGAAAACUUAUAUUCAGCUCUUUAGGAAUACCUGCCGCUAUUAGUUGCAUAGUAAUGGUGGCAUUUCCAAAAUACUCAGUGUUUUUAGCAGCUAGAUUUUGUAUGGGACUUAGCAUAGGCGGAAUUUUUGAGCUAAUAAUAACUUAUUUUAGUGAAAUAACUAGCAAAACGAACAGAUCUACAAUUAUGACUACUGUCGGUAUGGCGCAAUCUAUCGGAGAUUUGUUCGAUUAUUCUGUUGGUCCCUGGGUUUCAGUAACAGCCUUCAAUAGCAUUCUAAUUCCAAUUCCGAUAAUAUUUACCAUUGUAGCUGCAACGUUUUGUAAAGAAUCUCCAUAUUUUUAUCUUUUAAAAGGACAAGAGGGGCCAGCCAAGAAGUCUCUUCAAGCAUAUAGACCUCUUGGAUACGAUGUUGAAACCGAAAUUAUAGAAAUUAGAGCACAUAUCAAGGAGCAACAAGAAGGUAGAUUAUUGGACGUUAUUCAAACAAAAAAGUUUGCAAAAAGUUUGUUUAUGGGUUGCACGCUUGUGAUUUUUCAACAGUUUACUGGUAUCAAUUGCAUUCUUAUGUAUAGUCAAAGAAUUUUCGAGUUGACAUCUGCCAGUUUAACACCUGCGAUUUGUUCGAUAAUAUUGGGCUCAAUGCAGCUCACAAGUGGUGCCAUGUGCCCAGUGUUGGUCAAUUUCUUUAAUAAGAAAACUAUCUUUACUGGUUCUGCUAUAGGAAUGAUCAUUUCCCAGUUAGUUUUAGGGACAUAUUGCAUAUUGGAUAAUUCCGGUCAUGACAUGGCGAGUUUAAGAUUUAUCCCCAUCGUUACAUUAACUCUAUUUAUUUUUAGCUACAAUUCUGGAUUUGGAGCUCUUUGCUGGGUAGUUGCCAGUGAAGUAUAUCCAGCUAGAGUCAAAAGUUUAGCUUUGUCAUUUACUAUAUUUAUUUUUUUCGUUAUGGGCUUUUUCAUUGCCAAGUAUUUUCAAACCGUAGUUGAAUCUGUGGGAAUUGGUAGUUUGUUCUAUUUUUUUAGCGGAUGUUGUGUUGUAGCAAUUAUUUUUAUUCAUGUGUUUGUUGUUGAAACCCGUGACAAAUCUUUAGAAGAAAUACAAGAUAUGUUAGGUGUAUCAAAGAAUCUCAAGGAGAAGAAUGUGGAUAAUACUGCAAUGAAGUCGCCUGUAGAUAAAUUUUGAAUGGAUUUGUGAUUUUUAGGUUAAUAUUUAAAAAACUAUUUUUUAUAAAAAUACGUAAAUUUAAAUUAAUAAAAAAUUGUGCCUUUUACUCUUUUAAAA